CAACAAACAAGCUACACACUCGGAGAAUGAAACGUUCGGUCUCAAUUCCACCCUCUCUCAACCCAGGCCUGUAUUUCUGGUUUCAAGUUCUUCAUGCUCCGUACCGUGCAGCCUAUGCUCGCUUUCCUGCUUUCUUUGUCCCCAGCGAAAAGAUUGCAUUUGCAACAGCCAUACAAAUCCUCAGUACUCGCUGCUGCCGCUUAGGCAUGAGUCGAAUCAGAACCUCCAUCCCAGCGAGUUUACAGGGUCCGGUGGCAUGCUAAGAUCCCGGCUUGACCGAAAUGCACUGAUGGCCCCAACGCAGUCUCCUGACGCUACUCAUCGUUCUACACUUUACCCAGGGAGCUCUGCUAUCUCUUUAAUAUCUCCAGGUGCUGGAGUAUCACUUUCUACCUACGUUAUUCCCUCAAGAACCCGGAUCCCGCGGCCGUGUCCAACUCCACCAGCCAAGUCUCUCUGGAAGAAUCUGGCUGCGGCCAUCUGGACAUUAUUGGAUGGGCUGGGGUAGGGGUGACGAGAUGGACAGGGAAUUUCUCGGGGUUAGUGAUCGACCCAAAAGAGAUUGAUCGCUUUACCUGCUUUGGGUCUCGUGCUGUCCCUGCUUGGACCCUUACUAACAUCACUGGUCCAUUUCAACACGUUGGUUAUCAAUACUCGGCCAAUAUGGAGGGUUACAUAUGCCUCUUUUCAUCAGUGGCACCAACGACAUUCCAGCACGCGGCUGGAGCUAUUCCCUAUGGUUAAAUUCCUGCUUCUAGCCGGUGGAGCAAAGGGUAGUGCCAUCUCCCGUCUUGUCAAGGAGCUUGAUAAAGGUAAGACUCCUGUUGGAUCACUCUAUCCACAACUCGCGCAAUGGCAUAAUCCCUCCCCACUACAACUCAUGAACUGAUAAGGAUCGUACAUACCCUUUGGAUCUGGAUCUAGUCAAUCGUCUGAGAACUCUCCCAUAUUAUUUACUACACAGUAUGAUCUCCUGCUAGCCCUGAACCUCAUUGCACUGGAUAGUAUCAGUCCAAAAUGUCUACGCAAAGCAAAGGCAGCCGACCGUCCCUCGCACGAGUACAAUCGUGCUCUGGUUCGUCUGCCGACUCCACGAAUUUCAGCUCUGAGAUGCACUUGAAGAUCACGAAACAAAUGCGAACACAACAAGACCGUUGGACUGCAUGGCAGACCAAACAGAUGCAGGCUUACCAAGAAGCUACACAAAAAGAGUCUCUACGCCGUCGCAUCACUUCUAAAAGACCACAUAUCCACCUUGACAGGAUAUCAUCUACAUUGCGUCGAAUCCGCGCAUGAGAUAUUUACGAGCUCGACGAUUUUGAGCGUUCAUUUUAUCAUCCAGGAGCUGCAAGCAUAGUUGCUGAUUGAGGGCUGGCACAAAAUGUUUCAUGUGACCACGAAUUCACGAUCUAUUAUGACACCUUGUCCGCGAUGCCCAACCAUCACAACACGCUACCUCCCAGGAGUGAAGUCCGAACUAUGACCGGUUGUGACAGCAUAUGUGUGGGAAGGAAUGAGUAUCUUUGACGCCCAGAUGUGCGAUCACGUGGCACCCCUACUUACCACUGGAAGCUCUUCAUGGUAACAUGGCAAGAGGCAUGUCCUCUGCUUGACUAUUGAGAUUGGUCUCAGCACGUGAUUGUCGGAAUACCCUCACGAGCUAUGAUUUGCCGUGAGAGUGAUCGAUGAGUUACUCGCCAUAUUCGGCGUUGGCCUCAUGGAGAAAAGCAUAUCAACACACCUAGCCACUUUUUUCGUCGGCUGAGAUACGGUCCUCGUUUCUCACCAGUCUGGACCAUUACUCUGACUGGCAUUCAUUGGAUGGAUUGUCUUCCUGCUGGACAUUUCCUAUUCACGCCGAAUCCUCUUCACAAUGGCUCGUCUGCAUUUCUCAUCCUCGGCUUCUUAUUCGACAUGGGCCCGAGCUAAAAGGCAGUCUAGUGAAGGGCAUUUCCUGAGUUGAGGAUGGUUGACGACCUGCAACUUAUGCCUCUCACUGUCGCGGCAUCCGGGCUUCGUGCGGUGCUGUACCGAUGGACUGGCUACCUGAAAAAAGCCGCUUAAGGGAGCAAGGGUUAUAUCAUGAACCGCACGCUGCCGGCGUGCUGCCGGAAACCCUUCAUCGUGCCUGUCUUUGGUGCAUUCUCAUUGCAGUCAUGACUUGCACGAGUUUCGAAUUAUGUGACAUGUCGAACGGGCGGUACAAAUAACAUGGAAAAGCCGGUUGUGUCAUGAGUGUCAUUGCUUUGUCGGGUAGCCCUCAUAGUCCUCAAGUCAUUAGGUACUUAUUUUAGUCACCUGAAAGAAUUACAACUUCUGCCUGACAAUUUCCUUGCCGGCUUUGCGCAAGGCAUUCUCGCCGUCAACCAGUACGCACCACCCCUCUCCUCCCACGGUGCCAUUUUCGAAUCCCCCGACGGCCGACUCGAAGUUCUUCUUGGCGAACUCGAGGUCCUGGUCUUCAAAGCUACCAGGCUGCAACCAAACAGCCUUGACGCCGGCGGACUUGGCUUCCUGCAACAAUUUCCUGGUGAUUGCAGGCGGCGUGAGGAAGGACAAUGCGGUCUGAGCCGGGUGAGGUAGUGCGGAAAUCGACGGGACCGUCUCGUAUGUCCUGGAAGGAAGCGAUAUUGACGGUCGACCAGGGUUAAUGGGCGUCACAUGGAGCGAGUGAACGUGAUACCAUGCCAGAACUAGUAGAGCGAAAAAGAAAGAGGUCAAUCUAAUCUUGACCGUGGAUCAAGGGACAGGACUCGAAUCACAUGCCAGAGGUGGCAACCUACUCUUGUAACCAAACUUGCUUCUGUCUUGACUGGCGCCCACGACGGCGAAAUAUGGCGAUGAGAAAAAGCGCUUGGCCGCGGCCUCCAUGGUUGAUAAGAUCGUGCACAAGUCGGUGCACGCUUGUUUCUGUGCCAAACUUGAAUUCAAGGGGAAUUGGGACGGAAUAGGAUAUGCCUGCUUCUCAUGCUAUUGCAAGGUCGAGGCCAAACGUGAAAUAUAACAGACCUCACCCUGACCGAGGUGAACAGCCACUGUGGCACAGCAAGCACGUCAGCACCGGCUCUACUUACGCCGGCGCGGGUUCAGUCUCAUCUUUGCCGCCGGUCAUACAAUAAUAACCACGUGAUGAGGCUUUCAUUUGGCGUCGGGUCCUGCCAGUGAUGGGUUUGGCUACCUUUUUAUUGGUUUACUCCGAGUCUACAACUUGAAUACGAUGUUGUACUUUUAUCACCGGCACGGCACGUGCGGGAUAACAGUAGCUGCCAGGUAGGUAGCAUUGUACAUUACACUGCCAGUGUACUGCAGCGUACCUGUAGACUGGUACCUCGCCCAGCAUUCAAGCAGGUUCAAAAUACGCGGUGAGUACUAGUAAUGCGAAUUGGAGAAUCCCAGGCACCUGAAUCAUCCAAUCUCUCGCACGCACAUUGCGCCUUCUGGGAUCUCAAAGAGUCUGCCUGAUCGAGCGUUGUUAUUUUCAUUCAGACCCCCGGCUUCGUGUUGGACGGUUUUAUCAAGCUCAUUGCCUCGGCCUUCCUAAAGAUACUAAUAAGGCCAGUCUGGUUGGACCCCCGUUCAGGGAGCUUCUUCACUUGCAUACCACUGAGCUGUGUUGGUUUCAAGGCGUCGCGGGGCCCGGCCUGUCUCUAUUUCCCACAGGCAAGAGGGAAACCCCUCGUUCCCCUUCCAGGUCGCCCCGACCUGCUAUUACUCCUUCGGUUGAAUCCAGGAGCGUUUAUUCAACAACAACAACAGCAACAACAACAAACCAAUAGCACCGGCAUGCAGGCUUCGUAUCUCCUUCGGAAAACCAAUAACGCACGGAGGAAGCCCUUCCGAUAUGGUUGACAUCACACUGUGGCUGGUGUAGAUGUGGAAGAACUACUGUGCAAUAAUGUGAAAGGUACAUCAACAUUGUGGCUGUGGCGACCCGGAGCCGACCUCGAACGGCGCAUUCCGCCAGAACACAGCCAACCGCAUCCUUUGCCUUGCGCUGCAAACCGGGGUGCCUCUACGGUUGUCUUCUUACUACCCAAGAUGGAGUUUUGUCAAUCCACAUUGAACACCACGGCCGCAGUUUUUUUGCCAACUGCUUGCGCCUACUGUCUGACAAGGGCAUCAAGUAUACCGAAUGCCCCUCCAAGCCUCCUUGACAGAUGACCUGACCAGCGGUCCUUUGUCGGCGCUUGAAACGGCGGGCUGACCGCAGCAUAUCCGAAAGUCGUUGCAAGAUACGCUCUGUUGAACAGCUGUGCACCUUUCUCAAGAGGUGGUCAAAAUGAAGGCCUCCACCAUGAGUUUCAGCGAUGGUGGCGCCGACCUUGGAUCACAAAUUUCCUAUGACCGUGACUGUAUAUUUAUUGCGACGCUCCCCCACCGUCAUUGCAGCCGGAGGAUUCUUUGGCAACUCUAUGAGCAUAAUGGCGGCUGAGUCCCCACCGUCAAAUCACCCUCGAGGCAUGAACGGAUUGGUUCACCGUACUAUCUUCCGAAGGACUCGGAGUCCCCCUAUUCCUGGUUCUACUACUGUUUGUUGCUGUUGCCCUCCUUUUCUUCAAAAUUUCCAUGAUAGAGGCAACAGUCUGGCGGACUCCUUGUGCAGAAAUCUCCGUGAAGCAGGUAUUGAAUCUUUCAUUGAACACCGGAAACACCAGGUGACCUUGAAGAAACUCCUGGAAAAGGAGCAGAAGAGACAGUUGAAGGCACAUGGGAAAGACGAACAUUUGCCGCGGGCAUUUUUUGAUGCAACAGGGGCAGAAAAGAAGGAUGCUGUCAGCGGAGGCGACACGCUACCAUCGUACAAGAUCAGCACCAGAAGCAUUGCUUCUCAAAUCGUGAAGGACCUCAGCUUCAAGCGGCCUCUUCGGAUUUGGAAAGUCAGUCAUUGUGUGGAGCAGUCUGCUUCGCCGGCGGAUCCCCCAGCCUCGUACCCUGGUGACCUCAAAUGGCCCAUUCGAGCCUUCCUAGAUCGAAGCCCACCUACGCUGUGUGUGGAUGCUGCUGAGCUUCCCGCCGAGCUUUCUCAAAAUACGCCGUUCCAGAAUGCUACACGAACCCAAGACAACGAGCCUGAGGCUGCACUGGACGACACGUGUCAAACCGUCAAGAAAGUCAGAUUGCUUGGGUUCAAAGCGAAAUCUGAUGUCUCCCCUCCUUCGCGUUCUAUGAGGUGUGCCAAAUGCCAAAUACUUAUACGACCUGACCAGUUUUAUUACCACUGUCCGGGCUGUGAGCACCCCGAUGGCGUCCUCUGCUCGUUAUGUGGUCAAGCUGGUUGUGGCUGUUCGCAUACGACCACGGCGGAGGUCCGGAGUGAGGCUCGGAUUGAACUGCCAGAUUGGAAAGGCCUGGCUGCGCGAACUGGAGAGCGAAGCCAUUGCAAAGCUCAAGAUGGUUCUGUGACAGCCGGGGAGGUGAACUUGGCAGAAACAUUUCAAGAGGACAUUUCAUGUCAAGCAGAAGCCCUUGUGGAAGACCAAGUGGCUUUCCACAACACUACCGGCCAAAGGCAGUCCAGAGAGCGAUUUUCUGGCAUUGAAGGCAAUAUGAAUGCUGACGGUGACCAUGUCGGAGAGACUGAGCUUCGGCAGUAUGACCGCGUCAUAACUUCACGCGAAACGGAGCUCACAUUACCAGAUGAAGAGACCGCAGUAAGAGAGCGACAAUCUUUACUCAAAGAGCAGCAACAGUUGUUCGUCCUUCUACCGCAGUCCGCCAUGGCGAAGCGGACAGAAGAGGCGUCCGCUGGCAUCGGUGCACAGUUUCGAGAUAUCGGUACGGAUGAUCACGCCAAAAGCUAUGGCACGAAGCGUAAAGCGGGUGGCGACGGGUCGUCCAUAUCCCCUUCCAACCCCACAAUGUUGAUCAGGCCUAGUCUCUUAAAGCGCUCUCCCAAUAGACGUCGAGAUUCCAAUGAUGAAGAGGAGGAAGACACUGCUGGUACACCCAAGAAAGUCAAGCCGACAUUGGAUUCUCUCCGUACACCGAAGAGGCUGUUCGCUUGCCCGUACUCAAAAUUCGACAGAUCAAGAUACUCCGAACACAACCGCCAUGAGAAGAACUACCGGGGCUGCUCGAGUGGGUACUGGCCUGAUAUCUCUCGCUUGAAGCAACAUCUAUACCGUGUUCAUUGGCGGGGUAUCCAUUGCGUUCGCUGUUACGCCAAGUUCGAAAACAAUGAUCUGCUACAGGCACAUAUGCGUUCGGAGCCCUGUGGCCUUGCAGAUUGUCCAUAUCCUGAAAAGUUCGAUGACGCCCAAUAUAAUGAAAUCAAAAGAAAGCGACCAGGUAUGACACCAGAAGAGGUCUGGCACACUAUCUACAGAGUCCUCUUUCCCGGCCACGCCAAGCCAGACAGUCCAUACGCUGACGAUGUUGCCACCACCACGUCGCUCUCGACCCCCAGUCCGCAUGCGCUAGAGUGUCAAAGGAUAACAGAUGCCCUCGGAGACGUUUUCGAAUCCCGUCUAGAUCGGAAUCUUGCGUCUCCGAGCCACGCCUGGCUGCGGAACCCGCAAGCUCGGGAGUUUAUUCAUCAACAAUUGCGGGCGUCUGUCGCAGAGGUAUUCGAGAGGUUGACUCCUGCCUCCGGCUCUGCUAUUACAGAUUCCUCUGUUGAAGUCUCCCCACAUUCAUCAGUGGCCGCGAAUUCGGCGCGCACGGCCUCAUAUUCGCUAACUCCGGUCUCGUCGGUAUCUGCUUCACCGUUGUAUGAACAUUCACGGCGGGGAGCGCGAUCGAAUCCACAAUUGCCGUACUUUAACCAUUGCCAGAGUUUCAGCCGAGCACUUUCCCUCAGAACGUACUUACAUGGCACCGCAGUCCAGCAAGCUCCCACAACAGAGCCGAUGCAACUAUCUGCUAACCAAAUCUAUUCUGACGUGGGCUCUGGUUCGACUGAAGUAGCAUUUUUCCCACCUUCGGAUGUUGACCACGAAAAUGAUCCAUACGAUAAUGAAUGUAGCAGCUUGCGCCACGGCGAUGAGCUCGGCCUUGCAAUGCCUACAAGUUUCCAAACAGGAUUUAAUACCAACCUCCCCUCAAGGUUCGUUGAAGUUGGUCCAUGGCGGGGGCCCACGAUGCAACCUCCAGUGCUCGGCCAGGGAUAUAUACCUGCAUACCAUCCCAGGGUACCCGAACCGCGGGAUGCGGCGGGCUCAACCAGCACCUCGCAACUGAAGACGAAUCACCCGAUACCUCCACCGAUCAACUCUGGAUAUGGCAGUGUCGGACAGUCUUCAGUCCGCUCAGCUCCCUAUCCUAGCCCUGCGGCAUCCAAGACCACAGACACCAGACCAGGAAGGGCGGACAUGAAAGGAACAGAAAGGCCUGGGGGUGGAAAACCCGGUCCCGUUCCAGAAGCAGACUUCAAUUUCGAUGAUUGGCUUGCGCCAUUUCCAUAGGUCUCUGGUGCAAUAGUCAUGGAUGACUUCGAAAUAUGUCUGGCCCGACUCUCUCGAUUUACUUGGAUUCGAGGCAUUUGGCGUUUCAGGGACUUGAUAAUGUACAAUAUGAGCGAUAGGACUUAAUGUCCAACAUGAGUGGAUAUUACAGCCAAUCCAGCCUCCUGAGGACUUGUUUGACCAACAGUGGUGAACUUCGCUGGAAAGUAUGAAGUCAACGCCUGUGUGAGAAGGAUGAAAGUAUUUACAUCAUACUCAGAGGUCGCCAGUGUCAGAAGAGAGAAGCGAGCACGCAAUCGACUUGGAUAUAUUGUGGUAUCGAUAUAUAGUGGUAUCAAAUGCAGUGCCUUUUUGUUUCAAUAGUGAGAGACAGUUGGUUCAAUCCAAUGCUCGAGUCGUGUCG